AUGUCUGAUAUAACAAGUUUCAAGCAACUAGGUCUUUCUAAAUGGCUUUUGGACUCGUUGAGGGCUAUGAAGAUUACACAACCAACAACGAUUCAAUCGCAUUGUAUUCCAGAAAUUUUGAAGGGAAGAGAUUGUAUUGGCGGAGCAAAAACAGGUUCUGGUAAAACUAUUACGUUUGCUGCACCAAUGUUAGCCAGGUGGUCUGAAGAUCCUUGUGGUAUGUUUGGCGUCGUUCUGACUCCUACUAGAGAAUUAGCGAUGCAAAUAGCUGAGCAAUUUACCGCAUUAGGUAGUAGUAUGAACAUUAGAGUCGCGUUAAUUGUAGGUGGUGAGAGUAUUGUGAACCAAGCUAUCGAGCUUCAGAGAAAACCGCAUUUUAUUAUCGCAACACCAGGGAGACUAGCACAUCAUAUUCUAAAUAGUGGUGAGGACACUGUAGGUGGUUUAAAGAGGGCUAAGUAUUUAGUUCUCGAUGAAGCUGAUUUUUUGUUGAACGACACAUUUGCAAAGGAUUUGAGUACAUGCAUUGGUGCCUUACCAGAUAAAAAUGCCAGACAAACUUUACUAUUUACCGCUACCAUUACAGAUCAGGUUAGAGCGUUACAAAACGCGCCAGCCAAGGGCGGUAAGUUACCGAUUUUUGCAUAUCAAGUUGAAAGUGUCGAUAAGGUUGCUAUUCCUUCUACUUUAAAGGUGGAGUAUAUUUUGAUUCCCGAGCAUGUCAAAGAAGCGUAUCUAUAUCAACUUUUAACCUGCGAGAAUUACAUUAAUUCCAAUGUCAUCAUAUUUGUAAAUAGAACUGCUACUGCAGAAGUAUUGCGAAAAACUUUGAAGCAUCUUGAUUUAAGAGUCGCAUCACUGCAUUCUCAAAUGUCACAACAAGAACGAACCAACUCUUUACAUAGAUUUCGUGCUAAUGCAGCUAGAAUUUUGAUUGCUACUGAUGUAGCAUCUAGAGGUUUAGAUAUUCCUACUGUAGAAUUAGUAGUGAACUAUGACAUUCCCAGCGAUCCUGAUACUUAUAUUCAUAGAUCAGGUCGUACUGCUCGUGCUGGUAAAAGUGGUGAUGCGAUUUCCUUCAUUACUCCAAGAGAUGUGUCUAGAAUCGCGGCUAUUGAAGAGCGUAUAAACAAGAAAAUGACUGAAUGUGACAAAGUUCAUGAUACUGCUGUCAUUAGAAAAGCAUUGGUAAAGGUUACGAAAGCCAAGAGAGAAUCACUGAUGGAAAUGGAAAAAGAAAACUUUGGUGAAAGGAGAAAAAUUCAAAGAAGGAAAAAUAUGAUGAACGAUAAAAGUUUAAGAUCAUAA